AUGGUUGUGGGCACCCUUCAGCAUGUACCCAGUAAGGGGCGAAUAUCUAUAAUGAAGAUUCAAAAUUUUACAGUCCAAAAACGUCAUUCUGUGAUUAAGCUGGCUUAUGGAGUACUCCUGCUGGUAAUAGCAACAGUGAUAGCAGCCAUCAACCCCAUAGAAAUCAUAACAAACUAUGUUAUGGACAUGAAAGAGGGCUCGUUUAUUUACAACAUGUGGGCCAAUCCAACUUAUGAGAUGUUCACUAACGUCCGAUUGUUCAACUACACCAAUUCCGAAGCCUACCUGAGCGGUGCUGAGAAAGUUUUGAAAGUCUCAGAAGUCGGACCUUUUAGAUAUAAAGAAGUGCGGACGAACGAGAACCUUCGUAUAGAUCGGGAACGAGGAGUGUUGACCAUGAAUCCAAAGAUCACUCUGGAGUUUAUCAAGGAAGGGUCCGUGGGUGACCCUAAGGAUUUUCAAGUCGUCAUGCCAAACCUGCCUCUCAUUGCUAUCAGUACUUUAGCGGCUGACAAGGUAGGAUACCUUCCCAACGUCGGCGUGUACUACUCCAUGAAGACGAUGGGUUCUAAGCUAUUUAAGACUCUGUCUGUGCAUGAUGUUAAUUGGGGAUACUACGACCCAGUGGUGACAGUGGCCAACGGACUGCUCCCGGGGUGGAUCGACUUCAAGAAACUUGGAGUACUUGAUCGGAUAUAUACAGAUAGGGUACAGUCAGCCGAGGUUGAGCUGAAAGACGCUAAGCGGCGAUACUCCGUCAACACUUGGAACAACCGCACCGGACUCGUCGAACAAGGAUACACUGAUUGGAAUACCAGCAUUCCGUGCAACAGAGUUGCGGGUACAUACGAAGGUAUGAUGCUGCCCGCAAAUUUUGAGAAGGGUCGCAACAUUACUAUUUUUAGGAAGCAAGCCUGCAGGUCUUUUCCAUUCAAGUUUAUAGAAGAAACUACUACGGAUUAUGGCUUUAAUGCUUAUAAGUACCAGAUGGAAGAUAAUGCUUUUAGCCGGAAUUCUCCUUUCGCCUGCAGCUGCUCAGAUGACUGCCCUCCAGAAGGAUGUAUUGACAUUCAUGGCUGCUACUACGGGUUCCCCAUCAUUCUGACAAAACCACAUUUUAUGGAUGUAGAUCCUGUACAACAGUCGUACUUCGAAGGAAUGACACCAAAUAAAGAAAACCAUACCUCGGUUUACCUACUGGAACCGACUAUAGGAGCUCCUGUGAAAUUUUCAAUAAGGAUCCAGAUCAACUUGGCUGUUAGGACGUCGUCCGGGAACCCCAUCACGGCACCGCUAAAAGACAAGGUCUUGCCUCUCAUGUGGCUCGAAGUGGCCUGUCCUAUGCCACCACCAGAAAUCAUCACACUCCUGAGACUCCGUUUAGUCAUCGGCCCUCCUCUAUACAUAACCUGCUUGGUUUUUCUCUUCAUCGCAGGCCUUAUCCUCGUAGCCCAGGGCUUCUACCGCGUAUGGAAACCUAAAUACAAAAUCAUUCCUCCUGUUGAAUCAUUAGCUCCAAUAAUCAGAAAGAAAAGUAUUGAAAGAAGGAGAAGUUCUGUCCAUGAAAACAUUGGCUUCAAAGACGAUAGUGAGACGGCUAGAGAAGCUGUCUCAUUAUUAGCUAUUAAUGAAGAAGAUAAUGAGUUUGUUGAAUUACUGAUAUGUGAUGAGAAUGAGCUAGAGUGA